AUGGCAGAGAACAUCACCCACCACAUUGUCGCCAUCGAGGCCAUCCAUUGCCCAAUCCCAGAAUUUGAUCUUCCAGGGCCGCAUACGCGCGCAGUACACCGAAGGACCAACCCCGCUGAUCUUCACAGCCGUGUCAAAGAUGCCACAAUCAUCGUAACCACGACGACACGCCUGACAGCAGAGACUCUCAGCGCCGAAGUCACCCCAAAACUCCGCCUUGUAGUGAUCAUGGCGACGGGCACAGACUGCGUCGAUAUAGCAGCGGCAUCCGCACGAGGAAUCCCUGUGUGCAACUGUCCCGGCGCUAAUAUCGACAGCGUCAGUGAACACGCUAUCGGACUUUACUUUGCCACUCGACGGAAGUUUGUCGAGCUCCAUAAUGCCACAGUUGCAGUUCCUGCGGACUUGUCGCGUGAUACUGAGUGGAAGACCAAUGGCUCAUUGCUCAGUCGGGUUCGUGCGCCUGAUGGACAGGCUCCGUUGCUGUGCAGUGAUGAAACCAUAUGUAUUGUUGGGUACGGAUCGCUGGGUAAACGCAUCGAGGCCAUGGCAAAGGGCCUUGGGAUGAAUGUGAUCAUUGCUGAGCGCAAAGGUGCGUCUCCUCGUGCGGGUCGGGUUCUGUUCGAAGAUGGCUUGAAAAGAUCGACUGUGGUUGUUCUCUGCUUGCCGCGAAGUGCUGAGACGCUGAACAUGAUUUCUACUGCGGAAUUCAAGAUCAUGUCCCCUCAUGCCGUCUUGGUUAAUGUCGCAAGAGGUGGGAUUGUUGACGAGGAGGCCUUGAUUGAAGCCCUCAAGCGCGGGGCGAUCUCAGGUGCGGCUACAGAUGUUUAUGCCAUCGAACCUGCCGGGAGAGGCGACUCUCCAUUGUUAAGCCCAGAGGCAGCGGGGUUGAAUUUGGUAUUGACACCUCAUCUUGCCUGGUAUUCUGAAAGGACAUUGCAAAACCUACAGGCUAUGUUGAAGCGCACGAUUGAGAAGUGGUGUGUUGGUGAGAUCAUCAACCAGGUGGGAUAG